AUGUAUGUAGCAACCUGUGCCAGAGUGCACAUGAGGAUUUUCUCAGGAAUACAGACGUUUUCAACUACUAAAGGUAUCCAUAGAGUGCAAAGGAAACAUGAGUCUGCUAUUGUUAAUCCUAAAAAUGAAGAAUCAGACGGCAAGCGUCUCGUAAAGAGGGUGUCUCAGCUGGCAAAAUCUGGGCAGACAGAUAUACAGAUUUGGAGAGAGUGCACUACCAAUCUAAUUGAACUGAUAGAUGAACUUGAUAUAAAGGACAUUUCUUCUGUCCUUCAUUCGUACGGAUAUAUGAAAUAUCGUCAUAAAAAGCUAUUGGAAUUGGUGGCUUCGAAGAUUGGUGAAAAUGUAAAAACUGUAUCUACCAACAAUGUUGCCAAGAUUCUAAAGGCAUAUUCUAUUCUCAAGUUUAGAAGCGACUUUUUGUUUAGACUACUGGUUCCACAGAUAUCUAUGUACCUGCAAACAAUGAGUGCCGCAAAUGCUGCAUCUAUUUUCUAUUCUUAUGCUCACCUAGGCUACUAUAACAAAAACUUUUAUGCUGCAUUCCAAUCAUGUUUUUCUAGACUUAUUUCUAAUCUGUCACCAUACGAUCUCACACUCGUACUUUGUGGUUACUGCAAAGUACGCAAAGGGAUGGAUGAAAAAUUUUUAACAAUUCUUGCAUGUCAGUUUUGCAAACUCAUUGAUUCCUACGAUAACAAGUCAUUUUCCUUGUCGGUUAAUGCUCUGUCUAGGAUAAACUUUUGUAAUCACCAACAUGUAAAGAAGCUUGUGGAAAGUGAGGUCUACACCAGGACCAGUCUAAAGACAACGUUUAGUUCCCAGUCGCUAGCCCUAAUCCUCAAUGCUUUAUCCAAACACACCCCAAGACCUAGCUCACUAUUCAACCAUUUAUCUCGCAUUGUUGUAAAAAGGAUAAAGGAGUGUGACAUUCAUUCCCUCUGCCUCAUUUCAGCCUCCUUUAGUAAAGUGGCGUUAGCAGACGCUAAAAUGUUUGACAAAAUUGCAGAAGCAGUUGGAAGAAUUUCUUUGCAAAUUUACCCUAGAGCAAUAGCAUCAAUCCUGUAUUCGUAUGGACGAGUGAAACAUUUGCAUGGAGCACUAGUCUACUACUUUGCCAAACAUGUGGAACUUUACGCGGAAGAAUAUACGUGUGACGAAAUUGGCAUGAUUCUUAGGUCUUUGUGUUUGCUAAAUGUUAGGAAUGAGGAGGUCCUUACGAGCGUAGCAAAAAGGAUCGUAGAAGGAACUCCAGAUUUUGUUCCCACUCUUUUUGUCGAUUCUUGUGCUCAUCUUCGAUCUAGUAGGGCAUACGAUGAGGAUGUAGAUGUUAGCAUAAAUAACAUCCCAGUAAAAGUUGAAAAUGAUGUGGAAGAGCAAGAUAUGAAGGCCUUUAACAUGUUACAAGUAAUGGAUGAUCAUGAUGACAGAGCCAGUUCUAUAGAAAACUAUUUGGGUGAUGCAAAGAUUCAUUCUCUAUUGUGGAUAGUACAGGCAUUUGCAAAAUUUUCUCACACGAAUGGAACGGUUGAAAAGUGUCUCUCAAAACUCUCCAAUGAAUUCGUAAACAAGAUGGAAAACAUGACCCCAACAAUCGUGGCAAACUUUAUGCAUGCCCUCUCUCAACUGAACUUUAGACAUGAAGAGUGUUUAAAAAUGUUAAUUAAUGAGGUAAAGGAUCCGAGACGAGGCUUUAAAUUCUCACAGACUGAGCUCAGACUGCUCUAUGGCAGUUUGCCAAUGUUUGGGUUUGUGAAUGAGAGUGUCGGAAUUUACAAGGUUGAUUCUCUAAUAUUGAAGGAGCUAAAGGAGGGAGAAAAGUUUAUAGAUGUCGUUUAUAGAGUAGUUAGACAAGAAAUGGAUAGCGAUGUUCAAUCACUGUUCAUGCAGCUUUUGAAACCUCCAAUCGGUUCAGUCUCAGAGGAAAAAACUGCCGAUGAUUACGUCUAUCUUCACAUUCCAGAGCAUAUAAGAAAGUAUGUCGUAAAGCAAUCUGGGGACAGUGACGCCGAAGAACCAAUAAAGACGGCCCUGUCCGAGCACAUGGACUAUAACUUUAGCAUAAAUUGA